GCUCUGCGCAUGCGCCUGCGCAUUGGGACGUCCUGCGGCUGUCAACUGAGGGAGUAGAGCAACAAUAACCUCUGCUACGUUUAAUUAUCGUUCCUCUCAGCGAUAAUUAUCACGUGUUUUAAUUAGGACUGUUAGGGGAAGGGUUCAGUGGGUGGUGGGUGUCACAUUGAGCAUGGAGACGUGUGCUGACAGAUUUGUCAUUGAGUGAGGAUGACGUUGAGAGGCUGAAGGGUGUGGGGACGAGUCGAUCAUGGCAUCAGCUGCUGAACAGCAGCAGCAGACCACCCUGGAGUUCUACCAGGCGAUGGCUGAUUUCAAAAAUAUGUUCCCGCAGAUGGAUGACGAUGUUAUCGAGGCUGUUCUUCGAUCGAAUCAGGGGGCAGUCGACACAACGAUCGAUCAGCUGCUGGCGAUGAGCACCGACAACGAGAACGAGAAGAUCAGGAGUGAGCUGGAGCAGUCAGAGGACACCAAGUCCCCAAAGAAUUCGAAAACCGACGUCAGGGUUCAGAAAAGCAUCAGCAAGUGGCAGCCACCCCUGCUCGGUCCCCUACCUGACACCUUCCUCAGGAUCCCACAGCAGCUGGAGGCGCCUGAUGGAGAUCCCGGGGUUCAGGACAACUCCAUGCUCGAGGACGAGAGAAUAGCCAUGUUCCUUCAGAACGAGGAGUUCAUGGCUGAACUCCGGUGGAAUGAGGAUUUUUUGAACACUUUGGAGAGUGAUACGAAGGUGCCUCGUGGGGGUCGUUGCACCUCUGCUGAUCUCCACGACAGCCAUGAUGAGGAGGAUUUGUUCAAGGAGAGACUGAGAAACAUGGGGAAAGUUUCACGUCGUAAGUUUGCUCAACUUACGAAAGUCUUCACCCGCAGUAAGAAACGAGGUGGGAGACAGUUGCUGCCUCCCACUGCAUCUUGCGACGAUCUACUGGACCCAGAGGAGUCCUCCAGACCUCAGACUUGAAAGAAAGAAACCAAAGAGAGAGGAAUAGGCAAUGCUUUGAUUAAAAUCAGGAUUCUUAGUGGGCUAGGUAAUUUUCGAUGAAUCUCACUAGAUUGAUAUUUUCUUAGGGUAAGACUGGGGUAUCAACGAAUCUUGUAGUCCCAGAAUACUUAAUGACGAAAUUUUUAUUUAAUUCCAAAAUGGUGAAGUUAUUUUUUAUUAGUUUUUUAUUAUCUCGGUUGUGAGUGAUCUAGAGGAAAAUUUUAUACAUUUUUUGUGGGAAAUUAAAUUCUCUAAAAAAAAAUUAUUUAUAUUUUGUUCUAGAUCCUGAAAGAUUGAACGAAAAAAUUAUGAGAUGAUCCUUAAUGAUUUUGUUAUCACCCAUAACAAAACUAGUCAUUUUUACCAUAAUCGUAGUCCCACAAUGUAUGUUGUUACCAGUCAUUCAUGGGUUACUAUAUUUAUAUUGUUAUUGUGAUGUAUUUAUUAUUAAAAACUGAAGAGAAGACAUUAGACCUCGAAAAUA